AUGUUUAAAAAGAGGGUCAUAAAAGAUUCCCGGGUGUCCAAACGGAAGAUAGAUGACAUAAAUGAAACCAGUGAUGAUGUUUCUACUACUCAGGUAAAGAAAAAGAAUACAGUCAUAACUAAGAAAUCCGACGUACAAAAAAAACCGGUGGUGUUGCCCCAAUUAUCACCAGAAAUCCCUUCAUCAAAAUCUGCUAGCGAUGAUGCAGCGGUUGAGGUAGUUUCUCGGAAAUCAAAAAAGGGAGAAUUAAAACCGCUUGCAGCAAAUAUCAAAACCACCAUUAUAACCGAUUUCCAGCCAGACGUGUGCAAGGAUUUUCAACAGACGGGGUAUUGUGGGUAUGGUGAUACAUGUAAAUUUCUUCACGUACGAGAUGAAUCAAAGCAAAGAAUUCCCAUUAAGAAAGACUGGGAAGUUGGUGGGCAAAAGGAGGUUAAGGAGAAAGAAGCUAUUCCAUUUAAAUGUGUCUUGUGUAAGGGCGACUAUAAAUCACCAAUAAAGACUGGGUGCGGACAUGUAUUUUGUAAGGCCUGUUUCUUAGACCGAUAUAAAACUAAAAAGAAGGGAACGUGUUAUAUAUGCCACAAGGAAACCAAUGGAAAUAUGAUACCUGUAAAUCCAGACAAAUUAAGUUAG